CAAGAAGAGUGAGUGUGCUGAAUUGUGUAGAUUUCUUCAUUCAAUCCAUUCAGAUUGUCUUACAUUUUGUUGCAUUUACAGCUGUUGUGACUUCUUCGGUAAUAAAGUCCGAUUGAUUCCUUAGACUUUCUUGGUUUUUCAUUCCGUCUUUGCAAUAUCUUGUGCUUCCAAGUCAAAUCAGGAGAAAGAGGGAAAAAUGAGCCAGAGAAAUCCUCCGGUUGUGCUGCGCAGCAAGAGCAUGAGAUUCGACAAUCGCGGAUCAUUGGCUCCCAUUGAGGAUCUCGUGCAGUGUGGCAUUUGCUUCGAUCGCCUGCAGAAUCCCAAAAUGCUGGCGUGUCAGCACACAUUCUGCCACAACUGCCUCGAGGCGAUCUGCAGCGGCGGCAGCAGAAGAGAGUGUCCGACUUGCAGGAUGACAAUUACGGCCCAUCUCGGCGAUCUUCCCACCAAUCUCUACAUCUGUUCGCUGCUGAAGCUCCUCGGAAAUGCCUCCCUAUCGCCAGUCACUCAAGUGCAGGAAGAUCGCUGCGUGAGGUGCGAAAUGGUGCCAAAUGCCGCCCACGAUUGCUUCAGGGAUUGCAGCCACUGUCGCCAGAAGUUCUGCCAGAUCUGCUGGACGGCGCACAUGGGCGAUCUCAGCAAUCAGCUCAGCAACUUGGCGGAUCAGCUGAAGAGCGCCGAAGAAUGUCUAACGCACAAGUUGGACGGCAUAAAGGAUCGCAUGGAGCAGCUGAGGAGCCACGUGAGUCAGUUCGUGGACAGACAGAUCCAGGAACUGCGGAGAAAAGAAGUGCUGGUGCUCGAGAGUGCGGAACAGAUGAUCGGCGAAGCCACAGCCAAAUGCCAGACAAUUGUGGAUGCAAUUGAGAGCACAAAGAGAGAUUUGAGUGGGAAAAUUCACCAGGAGACGAGCACGUACUUCCUCCAGAUGCACAAGAGAGUCUCCGGCAUCCUUCAAGAUGUGUCCAAGUGUGACGACACGCGGAUGAUGUUCAACGAGGAGGAGUUCAGGAUUGAGUUGAACAAUCCUGAAGGUGGCGAAGAAACCGAAGAGGAUUCGCCAGAGCAGGAAGACAGUAAUCCGCUGGAGGACAAGGCCAGCCUGGUGAAGUACAUCAUGUCGAGGGAUCUGAAGCCCAAGCUGUUCUGGGGCAAGUGUCCUCGGCCGCUGGGCGUCUUCCUGGCGCCCUGGGUGGAUGAGAUCAUUGGCGAUCAGCUGCUGUACAUCGCAGGAUCGGACAGCAAGAUCAUCUUCGCGAUUGAGCGCAAGAAGGGACGCAUCAUCCACAGGAUCUUCCACGAGGACAUGAUCUAUCCGCACAGCAUCGCUCUGUCCAGUGAUUCCCAGGAGAUCUUCGUGUCUGACAAGUGGAAGCACUGCAUCUUCGUCUUCUCGCGCCACGGCGAAUUGCAGCGCGUGAUUGGGGCGAAAGGUGAUCUCGAGGGAUGCUUGAGAUCCCCCGAAGGAAUCGCUCUCGGUCCCGAAAACACCAUCUUCGUGUGUGACACUGGGAAUGAUCGCGUGCAGUGCCUGAACAGGAUCACUGGACAGAUGAUCCUGCAGUUUGGACAGGUGAAGAAGACGCAGAUGAUUGCUUCCGCACUCCAGAAUACCAUCUCCAAACUGGCCGACCUUCAAUCGCCCACAGCACUGGCUCUGCACGGGAGCAACAUUGUCGUCCUGGACAGUGGACACUGCAGAGUGAAGAUCUUCAACGGAUUGGGCGAGAAAGUGAGCGAAUUCGGGAAGAUGGGCACGCAGAAGGGACAAUUCAAGUAUCCCGAAGUCCUCACGAUCGGACCGCACGGCUUCAUCUUCCUGGGCGACAGUGGAAAUGCCAGAGUUCAGAUCUUCACCAAGGAUGGACGCCUGAUCAAGACAAUCGGAGGACGAGGAUCUUCCCGGCUGUUCAAGUGGGUGUCUGGAAUCCACGUCACUCCAGACUUGGAGGUCAUCGUGAGCGACUACAAGAAUCAUUCAGUGCAGAUUUUCCAAUGAAAAGGGCAGAAAAUGCAAAUAAACCUCUUUCUCUUCAGUUACAUGUAAUAAAUCACUUAUUUGCCUAA